AUGAAGCUUCAAUUUUUUUCCUUUAUUACCUUAUUUGCUUGUCUCUUCACAACAGCCAUUUUUGCGAAAGAGGACACGGCAGAAGAUCCUGAGAUCACACACAAGGUCUACUUUGACAUUAAUCACGGUGAUAAACAAAUUGGUAGAAUUGUUAUGGGAUUGUAUGGUCUCACCACACCCCAAACCGUUGAAAACUUUUACCAGUUGACCAUUUCCAGGGACCCUAAGAUGGGUUAUUUGAACUCUAUCUUCCAUCGCGUUAUUCCUAACUUCAUGAUUCAAGGUGGCGAUUUCACUCACAGAUCAGGUAUUGGGGGUAAGUCUAUCUUCGGAAACACGUUCAAAGAUGAGAAUUUUGAUGUCAAACAUGACAAACCAGGCAGAUUGUCUAUGGCCAAUCGUGGUAAAAACACCAACGGAUCCCAAUUUUUCAUCACCACCGUCCCAUGCCCAUGGUUGGACGGUAAGCACGUUGUCUUUGGAGAAGUCUUGGAUGGUAUGGACGUAGUUCACUACAUUGAAAACGUUAAGACCGACAGUAGAAAUAUGCCUGUAAAGGAAGUUAUUAUUGUGGAAAGUGGUGAACUGGAAACUGUUCCUUUGGACAAUAAAGACGCCGCCAAGCUACAGGAAGAGAUCAAAGCGGAAGCUAGCGAAGCAGCCCACGAUGAACUCUAA